UUCUUUUAUAAAAAUAAAAAAUAAAAAAAACCUCUCAUUUUUAUUUUGCGCUUUUGCCUCGCUAUAGUAUUAUCUGUAUCUCCUGCUUUCGCCUCUGUUUCGAAACGGCUUCAAAUUCAUAGGUCAAUCUUUUUCUUUUUAACUUCGCGGGCGGAAUACAGAUCACAGAUCAAUUUUCUUCCCAACUCGGUUUUCCUUUUUCUUUUUCUUGUUCUUUUUCCAAUUUUAACUCUGCUUUUCUGAUCGGGAAACAAUACGUCUUCUUUCUUCUACUUGGAUCUUCGACGAAAGUAGAACAAAUCCUCCAAUUCAUAUCAAGUUUAAUGUAAUUUUUUAACGUUUGAGUCUAAUUUCGUUGGAGAUCGGCUUCUCUCUCGGUUGUUGCUUCUUCCAGAAUUUAACAACCUAAUACUAUAUAUGGUAAUUUUCGGAUCUGAUUGUGCCCAGUGGAACAUUUGUCCAAAAUUUUCAACAAACCCUAGCUGGGGUUGAUGGGGAAAGACGAGAGUGUUAAAAUUGAAGACGUCGAAGAAGGAGAAAUCUCUGAUACAGCUUCAGUGGAGGAGAUCAGUGAGGAAGAUUUUAAUAAGCUUGAAACUGGUGCUAAGCUGGUGCCUUCCAAGGAUUCCAAUCGGGAGCCUAGAGUUUGGACCAUGAGUGAUUUGUAUAAGAAUUAUCCGACCAUGUGUCGUGGUUAUGCUUCCGGUUUAUACAAUCUAGCCUGGGCACAGGCAGUGCAGAAUAAGCCUUUGAAUGAUAUUUUCGUUAUGGAGGCCGACCCCGAGGAGAAAUCAAAGCGCUCUUCGUCUCCCUCUCCUCUUGCGAAUGGCAACAGCACAAAAGAAGAGGGUAAAGUCACGAUUGAUGAUAGCAGUGAUGAAAUGGAUUACGGUAAUGCGAAUGUCGAGAGAGAGGAAGGAGAAUUGGAGGAGGGUGAGAUUGACAUGGAUACAGAGUUCGUCGAAGAGGUUGUUGAGUCCAAAGCAAUGUUGUCCGACUCCGGUGAUACGGAUUGUGAUGGCCAAGAGUCUGAUUUGGUAAAGAAGGAAUUGGACGACCAGGUUAAAUUGAUUCAGAAAACAUUGGAUGGCGUUACAAUCGAUGCUGCACAGAAAUCUUUUGAGGAAGUUUGCACUCAAUUGCAUAGUUCUAUAGAGAUAUUUUUGAAAUUGCUCCAGGAAAAGGUAUUCCCAGRAAAGGAUGCGCUCAUUCAACGACUAUAUGCCGCUCUUCGAAUAAUCAAUUCUGUGUUCUGUUCCAUGAACCUCAAUGAAAAGGAGGAGUAUAAGCAACAUCUAUCCAGGUUGCUUUCUUAUGUUAAAAAUUGCAAUCCUCCUCUCUUUUCGCCUGAGCAGAUAAAAUCGGUAGAGGUCAAAAUGCCAUCUACAGAUUCCCUUGACUAUUUAUCCAUCAUAAGAGCCAAUGCUAAAGAGGCCGAGAUCCAUAUACCUAAUGGGGUGAAAAAUAAGGAUUUUUAUUCUGGAUCUACAAAUGCUGGUCCACAUUUGACUUCUUCAACAAAGUUGCCUUCGGACUCCAUGCCUGUUGGGGUUAUGGCAAAAAAUAACCCAAACAUCUUAUCCGAUGGUUCGCAGUCUGGAGUAUCUAAUUUAAGGGGUAGGGGUCCCCUUCUCCCUCUGUUAGACCUUCACAAGGAUCAUGAUGUAGACAGUCUUCCGUCACCUACGAGAGAAGCUCCUUCAAUUUUUCCUGUCCAAAAAUUAGGGAAUACCCCUCCAAAGGUAGCACUUGCUAUGGAUGGAUCUAGAUCACAUCCUUAUGAAACUGACGCCCUUAAAGCUGUUUCUACCUAUCAACAGAAGUUUGGUCGAAGUUCCUUUUCAAUGGCUGAUAGACUUCCUAGCCCAACCCCCUCAGAGGAAUGCGAUGGGGCUGGUGAUAUUGGUGGGGAGGUUUCUAGUUCUUCCAUUAUCAGAAGUUUAAAGGCUUCAAAUUCACCUAAACUGGGUCAAAAUGUUUCAAAUUCUGCUUCUAACAUAUCUGCAGGUUAUUUUCCUAACAUGGAAAGUUCCAGCAUUAAAGGACUUAUUAGUCCUAUAAACGUUGCCCCCCCUAGUUGUGUGUCUAAUCCAACAGUAAAGCCUCUACCAAAAAGUAGAGACCCUAGGCGACGCAUCAUCAAUUCUGAUGCAAGUGCUUUGGAUCUUAAUCCACGCACAAUUGCUUCAGUGCAGAAUUCUUCGAUUGCAGAAUCUGAUGCAACCAUAAACUUGAGAAAGCAAAAGAUGGGCGAGGAACCUAAUGUAGAUGGCCCUGAAAUGAAAAGGCAAAGGACCGGAUCUCAGAAUCAUGCAGUAGCUGCAAGUGAUGUGAGAACUGGAAGUGGUGGCUGGUUGGAAGAUACUAUGCCAGUUGGACCCAGGCUUUCAAGUAGGAAUCAGAUGGAAAUUUCUGAAGCAGAUGCAACUGAAAAAUUGAAUGUUACAAACAAUUCUGUUGCUGGAAAUGAGUGCACGCCUAGUAUUAGUGCUAGUAAUGAUGCUUCCUUGCCCUCACUAUUGAAAGAUAUUGCUGUGAACCCAACCAUGUUUCUAAGUUUACUUAAAAUGAGCCAACAACAGCAUUUAGCGGCAGAAUUGAAACUGAAGUCAAGUGAACUUGAAAAAAAUGCAAUUUGCCCUACGAGCUUGAAUCCCUGUCAAGGAUCAAGUCCACUAGUAAAUACUCCUUCAGUGACCUCAGGAAUUCUGCAGCAAUCAACAGGAACGUCAAGUGUACCUUCACCACCGGUGGCUACUGUGAGUCGACAGGAUGAUUUGGGAAAAGUUCGUAUGAAACCUCGUGACCCUCGCCGUAUCCUCCAUGGUAAUUCUCUUCAGAAGGUUGGGAACUUGGGAAAUGAGCAGUCAAAGGGUAUCGUGCCUACUGCCCCAAACACAGAAGGAAGUAAGGACGUACCAAAUGGCCAUAAGCAAGAAGGCCUUGGAGAUUUGAGAUUAGCUUCUUCACAAUCAGUACCACCUGACAUUACGAGACCGUUCACUAAGAAUCUGAAAAAUAUAGCUGAUAUCUUGUCUGGUUCCUCACCACCAACUUCUUCACUGAGUUCAUCAUCAAAGCCAGUUAAAUUGGACAGGAUGGAUACUAAUUCUGUAGGGUCAAGCUCUAUAGAUAGUAAAGUUGUGACAACUGCUACCCAAGCAGUAGAUAUGGUUGGCCUCUCUCGUUCACAGGGUACAUGGGGAGAUCUUGAGCAUCUAUUUGAGGGUUACGAUGACAAGCAAAAGGCUGCCAUCCAGAGAGAGAGGGCAAGACGGAUAGAAGAGCAGAAAAAAAUGUUUGCUGCACGCAAACUCUGCCUUGUUUUGGAUUUGGAUCACACACUUCUUAAUUCAGCAAAGUUUGUGGAAGUGGAACCAGUGCAUGAUGAAAUUUUGAGAAAGAAGGAGGAACAGGAUCGUGAGAAGGUGCAGAGACAUCUUUUCCGUUUUCCUCAUAUGGGAAUGUGGACUAAACUGCGGCCGGGGGUCUGGAAUUUUUUGGAGAAGGCCAGUGAGCUUUAUGAACUUCAUUUGUACACUAUGGGAAACAAGUUAUAUGCAACAGAGAUGGCAAAAGUGCUUGAUCCAAAAGGGGUUCUGUUUGCUGGACGAGUUAUUUCUCGGGGUGAUGAUGGAGACCCAUUGGAUGGUGAUGAGAGGGUGCCCAAGAGUAAGGAUCUGGAGGGUGUUUUGGGCAUGGAAUCUGCUGUUGUUAUAAUUGAUGAUUCCGUUAGGGUGUGGCCACAUAACAAAUUGAACUUGAUUGUUGUAGAAAGGUAUACUUACUUUCCAUGUAGUAGGCGCCAGUUUGGGCUUCUGGGUCCUUCUCUUCUAGAGAUUGAUCAUGAUGAGAGACCUGAAGAUGGUACUUUGGCAUCUUCACUGGGGGUUAUCCAGAGAAUCCAUCAAACUUUUUUCUCCCAUCCUGAAUUAGAUGAAGUAGAUGUUAGAAAUAUCUUGGCCUCCGAGCAACAAAAGAUUUUGGCUGGUUGCCGUGUAGUGUUUAGCAGGGUUUUCCCGGUUGGUGAGGCAAAUCCUCACCUGCAUCCAUUGUGGCAGACAGCUGAACAGUUUGGUGCGGUGUGCACCAACCAGAUUGAUGAACAGGUUACCCACGUCGUUGCAAAUUCUCUUGGGACUGAUAAGGUGAAUUGGGCUCUCUCCACUGGCAGAUUCGUGGUCCAUCCAGGGUGGGUGGAAGCAUCGGCUUUGCUCUACCGGAGGGCCAAUGAGCAGGACUUUGCCAUUAAACCAUAACCACCGCUACCGGCAGCCUUUUAACACCCUUGGAUAAACUAAAACUGAAAGAUUUUAACACAAAGAUGAUGAUAUAACACGGGGAAGAAAUUCAACACUAUGCCUUAGGCAAAGCCUAAGACUAGGAGACGAGAAACAUUAUAACCCACCCCCCAUCUAAACACGCCCUACAACUACAAGUAGAAGAAUGUGUGGAAAGCCCAGAAAGAGAGAGAUUGAUUACACUGCCCCCAUUGAAUUUGGAGACGUAGCUUUGGG